AUGUCUCAAGAGGAAGAGAAGCUUAUAAAUGAUCCUAUCCAUGGAUAUAUGACAUUUAAAAAGUGGGCAGUAGAAUUUAUAGAUACAAAGGCAUUCCAAAGAUUGCGAGAUAUUAAGCAAUUAGGCGCUAGUUAUUUUGUUUUUCCAGGCGCUUGUCACAAUCGUUUUGAACACAGUUUAGGUAAAAAUAAGAUACAUUCAUUUUAUAGUACAGAAAUGAAAAAACUAAAAGGUAAAAUCGUUCUAGGAACUGCACACCUUGCUUAUACCUUAACCAAAAAAUUACUUGAGCAACCAGGUGUUGAAAGAGUUGAAAAAGACCUUGAAUGUGUAACUUUGGCUGCCUUGUGUCACGAUUUGGGACACGGACCAUUUAGCCAUGUGUUUGAUAACGAUGUUAUUCCAGGAUUAGGACUUGAUAUUGAAUGGAAGCAUGAAAAGGGAUCCGAAAUGAUGUUCGAUUAUCUUUAUGAUAAUAUGGAAUUGCAUUCUAUUGAUUUAAACGAAAAUGAUUUGAAAUUUAUUAAGGGUCUUAUUAAAGGUGAUCGAACUGAAAGAUCCCCGUACCUAUUUGAUAUUGUCUCCAAUAAACGAAAUUCUGUUGACGUUGAUAAAUUUGAUUAUCUCGCACGAGAUUGUUAUUAUUUGGGAAUGAAAUCAUUAUUUGAUUCUCCACGAUUAAUGAGACUUUCUUACGUUACUGAAGAUCAAAUAGUUUACCAUCAUAAGGAAAGCAUUAACAUUUAUGAAAUGUUCCACACGCGAUAUUCUUUGCACAAGAGAAUAUAUAAUCAUCGCGUUACCAGAGCAAUUAAUUUUAUGAUAAGAGACGCACUUGUAGAAGCAAAUUCAGUAUACCAAUUUCAAAAAAUAAUCAAUGUUCCUGAAGAAUAUAUCAAAUUGAAUGAUUCUAUUUUAUAUAAAAUAGAAUAUCCAGAUACAGAUAGAGAGGAAUUGAAAAAAUCACAAGAAAUCAUUGAGCGAAUUAGGAAGAGGAAAUUAUACAAGUUUGUUAACGAGUGCUUAGUUCCACAAGAUAAGAAAGAAGACCUUGCUAAAAAAGAUCUCGAGUUUGAAAUUGCUAGCCAUCGCAGAGGUAAUGAUAUAUCUUUGAGUAAGGAAGAUAUAAUAGUUGAUUGGCAAGAUUUGAAUUAUGCAAAAGGAGAAAAGAAUCCUGUGGAACACAUUAAAUUUUACAAUAAAGAUCCUAAUAAGAUAUUUAGCCUUAAGCCUGAGAGGAUUAGCUAUCUUUUUCCUAAACAAUAUGAAGAAACGAUUGUUCGCAUAUUUGCACGUGAUCCAGAAAAGGAUGGGCCAAUUCAAAAUGCUUUUCAGGUAUUUGCAAAAGCUAAUGGUCUAAGCAUAAAUGAAGGAUUUUCACCUGACGAAGAUACAGACUUUAUGGAUAUCAACCUGAGGGGUUGUAGUCAAGAUGAUAAAAUCAAGUCUUCUAACGUGCCAUAA